UAUCAAUAAAAUACAAUUUGGGUUAUACACAAGAUUAUGUAUGGAAAUGGCUCACGUGCAGGUUUCUUUUGAGGUACGCCAAAACUUUUUUUUUAAAGGAUGACGUCAUCACGCACACCAUUUUAUCGGUAAAAGGCCAGUUGAAUGGAAACAGGUGGGAGGCAGCAAAUAUCGCAAACUUUUCUUUCUUGUUUUUGUGUCGGUAACAGAAAUGCGCAAAAAGUGGCUGGGAAAAUUAAUGUAACAUUAGAAUCCUAUUGGGAAAACGCAAAAACGAGGGAUUGGGGGGGAAUAGGCGGGGUUAUCAGGAAUUUGGAGGAGGAGAGCUGAAAGCUCAUUGGCGAGUUUGUUGGUCACGUGACUUGCAACGACGCCAAACACCCGGAAACGCGGAAGUAUUACCCUGCUACAGCCGGUGUUUCAUUAGCGUGAGUAAAUCGAAACGAAGAGUUAUUAAAUCAGCACAGAUAGCGACAACCCCAUGCGAACAUUGUAUUCAUGGUUCCGUGCUGAAUCUACUGUAUAAACUAAAGGUAGAAAAGAUGUACCGUUCAAGGAACCACCUCAAGUGAGUAUAGUGGUGGGCGAUGUAUGAUACUGAAAGGUAUCAUAUUAUUCUUUGAGGUUUGAAUUCACUAUACAAAAUAUUUAAAAACCUUGACAUUUUUUUCCUCGCCACUCUCAGGAUUAAAGAUUUCUGACUGUACUUUUCUUGUUGCUGCAGUGCUACCAUCAAGUGUCCCAAGUUUUGAACCUUUGGUGUGUAUUGUUCACCUGGGAACAUGCACAUGGCGUACCUUGAAUGAGCUUUUAAAAUUAAGCUUAAAAGGUACAUCAGGAGUCCAAUUAUGUAGCUGAAAUGACUUUUUAAGGCUACACUAUGUUCUUGUUUCCAUGUGAAAGAGACAUGUUGCUGUGGGUUCUGUCCAGCUUGCUGGUGCUGUUUAGUACCGUUGACUUGUGGUAUUUCGUGAGAGGAGCAUGGGCGGUCCUGAAAUACCUGUUUCAGGACCCGGUCCGAGACGUGCUAGGCGAGCAGGUCGUCAACGGCCGAGUUCUCCUCCACGACAUCGAUUACAUGGGCCACAUGAACAACGCUCGCUAUCUGAGGGAGUGUGACUUCGCCAGACUUUCCUAUUACGCACGCAACGGGAUGUUCAAGGCCUUCCACGCACUCGGGGCAAGGAUGGUGAUCGGAGCUUCGACCAUCCGUUACCGGCGGUCACUUGGACUCGGAGAGGCGUUCGAGCUGCGUAGCCGCAUCAUGGCCUGGGACGAGAAGUCUUUCUUUGUGGAACAGCGCUUCGUGUCCAAAUCCGACGGCUUUAUCUCUGCUGUCAUACUGUGCAGGCAGAAUGUAAUUCAUAGCACGCCUGAUCAGAUUUUGCAGCACGUCUGCAAGAGAAAGGUGGACUGUCCUGAUAUCCCAGAGGACCUUCAGCAUUGGAUCGAUUUCAUCUCAGCUAACAGUCAGGCGCUGAGAGCAGAAUGUGGCUUAGAUGAGAAGACCAAGUGAUGAUCACGUGUUGUAUUAAUCUAAGCAUAUUUUCUUUAAUACUUAUGUUAAGUCAGUACUUUCAAAGGGGGGAAAAAAAGUAAAAUCUUGAAAAAGGAAUCCCAGAGCCAUUCCAGAGACUAGGGAUGCGUCGGGUAGAGGUCGACCGAUAGCAAAUUUUACCGAUAUCUAAGUCGGGCGGUAGCUGCUGAUGACCGAUUAAUCAACCGAUAGUUUUUAAAAUUGAUACCGAAUGCAAAGAUGACACUCAAAGUAGAAUACUGCUGAAUUUUAUUACAAACAUAAACAGUACCGACUGUACGAUGAAAAUGUACUGUACUAUUAUAAAUGAAAUAAAUAUAUCAAUAUUAAAAUAUAUGCGAACUAUGAAUAAAUAUUAAAGUAAAUAAAUAAAUAAAGGGCCUGUUUACAUCUGGUCACUUCGUGCGGUUUCUCUGAUCGAUUAGAUAUCUGAUUUGUUAAAACCGGUUCCGUUUACACUGUAAUGCGUUUCAGCUAAACGGAUCUGAAUCCGAUCUUCUAUUCCCACGCUAAUUGCAAAUGCACGUUUCCGCUGAACUGAAACGGCAGCCACCGUUAUUUUGCUCUGUUUGGGUUUGCGAAUGCAGUCGAAUAGAAAACGAAAACGCUCCCUACGACAUUUACGCAACAAAAGGCAGCACGUAUCAUUUGCAGCGUUUUCGCUGUCGGCAGUAUUAAACUUUAAACCCCAGCGAGAUACCUGGAUGAACGCUCGGAGUCAACACUGGUGGGGAAAUAUAGCGCGGGCUUCUUUUACGGAACGAGACCGGCUAUCCGGUUUCCGAACAGGACGCCGGACCUUCGAUUAUCUCUGUGUCAGCCUGCCAAGCGAUUUAACGAGGACGCACACGCUCACCUUUGCUUCUCGCACGGUUAAAGCGAGUGACGUAGUUCCGUUUGGGAGGAGAAAAGCGCUGACGUAUGUGGUUUCAACAACCAGAUGCGUUUAGACUUGUCCAGUUUCGUCUGCAACAAGUCCCAGACCACCUCCUGUUGCGGUUCGAGCGAACGGAUUUAAAUCCGUCUCGAAUGCGUUUCGGAAGGCAUUUACACCUGGUCUUUUCCAGGUGAUCGCUAUCUGAUCAGAGACAACGCAUGAAGUGUCCAGGUGUAAACAGGCCCAAAAAUAGAGACAUCCAAAAUGAAUCCACAAAACACUUCAAAUAACACAACAAAAAUUGUCAGCGAUAGUUGUUAGUUCGCCUCUAGAGGCCGCUCUUGUACUGUAUAAUGACAGUGGACCCUUCUCAACCCGGAAAAACUAUGGGUGUGGAUUUUUGCCGAUAGCUAAUAGUUCCACCUAUCGGUUAUCUGUGCCGAUUAAUCAGCGAAACCGAUCAGUCGACCUCUAAUACCGGGUAUUAUUCCGUCCGAUAUCAUGCUCAUUUACUCAUACUCGUAAAAAAAAAAAAAGAGGCUCCAAUACGUGACAUAGUCCUAGGGUACAUAGUCAUGUCAACGAACGGACGACUUGAAAUAAGACAUCUGGCAAAGCAGACUGCAAACUGCUCUGCGAAAACAUCAAGUGAAGCUACUCCAGCAAUUUUUGACAAUACAAGUAACCUGAUACACUAAACACUGUAUAGCGUUUAAAAAGUAAUUUUAAUAGAGAGCACGAGGGGGACUCACCUGAGCACACAAGCAGUAUGAGUGGGUGUGGUCAGUCAAUUUCAAGGUGUUAGAAAUUGUACACACACACGAGUAUCCGCAAGCGUAUCAGGCAUGAGAGCAGUUCAGUUGUGCGAGCACUGAGAACUGAGAUGUGGGUAAUUCAAGUCUAAACUAUCAUGAGUCAAAGCGGAGGUCACGGCACUUUGCGCUCGUUUUAACGGCCACGCUUGAUUAACACUAGCAGGUUACUCAUUUCAGUAUCAGUGAGUACGAAAAAAAAAUACUCGUACUCAAGUCUCCAAAAAAAAAAAAAAGGCAUCAGUACAUCCCUAAUAGAGACGAAAGAUUUCUUCCUGUUAUUUGAUUACAUAUUAUUCAAUUAUAUAGUAAUAUAGUAAAGGACUUGGCUUUCUUGAUAAAUGAAUCGUGAUUUCUGAUACUAUGUUUUACGCUGAACAGGCACACAAGUAUAUAUUUUGCUGAAAAGGGAACAUUUAUUUUUUUGUAAUUUAUUUGAAAACAGGGACUGCUGCAUGUAUUGGGUCUAAAGACAGAUCGUUCCAGAACUGUUGGACCAAGUUCAGUAUAUUAAUACUAUCCCAAGCCUGAAAAUGAAUAAAACUAGUUCGUACGAGUUUAUAAUCUAGACCCAUUGUUGAUAUACUAGCUGUGUCAAUCUAACGGUAUUGUUUGUGGAUUUCUUUUAGAAGAUUUGAAUGUCGUUUAUAUCCAUCGAGUAUUUAUUUAUUUAUUUAAAUUAUUGGAGAGAAUGCACCGAGAUGCAGCUUGCACGUGACAAGAAUUCUGCAUGUUUUCACUUCGACGCGCAUUAUUAUUUACGCAAGAUCAAGCGAGAAGAGCUAAGCCUGCAUUUUUGAAAUGAAGUUGUUUUAAUAAAGAUGGGGUUUAAUAAAGAACAAAGUACUUAUUGUAUGACCUGUUUCGCAACGUAUGUGUGCCGUAUUUGUUUGCAAUAUAAAAUGUAUCAUGAUUUAUGGAACUAGUAUGUAUUUUCUGUGUUAAUGUUGCAUUCCUAAACAUGCACAAAUUAAUAAAUGUACUACAUGAAAUAGAAAUCCAGACUCUGUGAAUUCCAGAUAUGAAAUUACAACACAUCUUGGUUCUAUGAUUAAUGCUGCCAUCUAGUGCCAGAUUUGCAGGUUAGCUAGGUUUAAGACGUUAGGUAACUUGUCGUCAAGUUGUGUAAACAAAAGGUAUUUUUACUAUGGAAAGGAAUAAAAAAGUGUGUUUACAGCCAUAACCAGACUCAUCUUAUAGACAGUAAUGGACAGAAUAUGAUAUGAGAUAUAAAUGCUGAUUAAAAGUGUAUUAUUUGUACAUAAUUUUACACCACGUAUCUCUUAAAGCGCACCUAUUAUGGAUUUGAAACGUGCCUAAUUUUGUUUGAAAGGUCUCAUACAAUAGAUUUACACGCAUCCGAGGUCAAAAAAUCACUUUAAU